AGUAUUAAAAUAUCACCCGCGAUGCGAUUGCCAUGUAGUAUUUUAAUAAUGCCUGCGCGGAAUGUUGUGACCCGAGCGAACGCUUUUGAAAGGUAGGUAGGGUAAAAGCCAUAAAUCAUCUCCACCACUUUACCAUAACAACGGCAUGGCAGGGCCGUUAGCUAGCAGCGUACUCUAGCAACGGAAAGGACUUGCUCUAGUGUGUCAAAAAGUGCUACGAGUCUGAUUGAUAGUGAUCGAUUACCUUUCUCACUGACUACAUUAUUAAUGUCUUGCGCGAUAAUAUAAUAGCACACGCAGGGCCUCGCUCGUACGGGAAGAAAUAUUAAUAACAGUGGGAUUAAUUAAUGGAACUCGAACCUCUACUAUAGAACUUCGCUCGCUGGUUGUCGAAAUACCACAUAUAUCGGACACCACGUUUUUACUUCACGUCGUUUUCUGUCUAUCGUAGCGUGUAAGCCGUCUGCCUCACGAGAGCAAAUAUCGAAUCGUUUGGUAUAUUAGCUCAGACGGGGUUCUUUCAUGUUAUAUUAAAUCAUGUUUACGAGCGUACAACUCGAAGUAUUUCGCUUCUGAGCGUGCGAAUCGAUCGACGUGGCUUGUACACCUUGACUGGCUUCGCUUCGGAAGGCAUUUUCUAUCGGGAAAUUCGGGCGGAAAAGCGUCGAACGAACGAGGAGAAAUAUGUUCAUAAUACUCCGGCACGGUUGUGACGCUUCCAAAGUCAUCAAGUUGAGAGCGUGAGCUCGUCGCAAGUGACCGGGAAAAAAUACAAAGAGCUACGGCAGUGAGGACUCUGUAAACAGUGUCAGUGAUGGCCGUUCUAAUGGCAGCGUGGUUCUUUUAUGCUACACUGUGGGUGCUGAAGAGCGCGAUAUUGGUUCAUAGUGAAGGUGAGCCCAGGUUUCGUGGCACGCCAAAGACGAAUUAUAGUGCGUACUUGGGGGGCUCGGUCAAGUUAAAGUGUCCGGCCACUGGGACAAAUGGCCCGAAUACGAAAAAGACUUUCGUCAUCUGGUACAAAGGAAACGAGAUGAUUCAAAGCGGAGAUGAAAAAUAUAAGUCAAGAUUUAUGAUGGAUAGACCGAAGCGCCUGAAAAUUACCGGUAUCAAAAAAGAGGAUGCUGGAAUUUACAAGUGUAAUGCUUAUAAUAUGCACGGGAAAAUUGAGUUGGUUAUUGUGCUGAAUGUUAAAAGUGUCAAAAAACCUGGACGAGGAAAACCUCCGCGGUUCAAAGAAAAGCUGAAGAUAAAAAAGAAUUAUAAAACAGGCGAAACGGCUAAGCUGCCAUGUCACAGCACAGGAGACCCUGAUCCCAAUGUGAAAUGGUUUAAGGAUGGCGUUCCGUAUGGUGUGAAUAGAAGAACAAGUGUCGCGGCUGACGGAUGGACGCUCAAUUUGAGAUAUUUGAAGACAGACGACACCGGCUUGUAUUCUUGUAGGGUCAGCAACAACGUUGGCUAUAUAAUCCGAAAUUUUACAGUCAUAGUAAAAGAACGGAGUAUGAAACCAGUUAUAGAAGAGCCUGAGGAAAAAAUGCGUGCGGUUUCACGGGGCCUUUCGGUAAAAUUCUUCUGUAAAGUUUCCAGUGUGGGUGAAGUUACUUUUGACUGGAGAUGGUCCCGUGAAAAUGGCAAUAAGACGGUUGAUUUGAAACCCUUGAAAGAAUUUGGUUCAAAAUACAUCGGGAAUGCUUCGUGCCAUUACGAAACCAGUCUCAAUCUUUUCUAUUACGAUGGCUUUUUGGUUAUAAAAAAUGUGGAAGAAAAAGACGAGGGAAGGUACAGUUGUUUGGUAAAGAACAAUCACGGUAAAGAUAAAAUGGAUUUCUUUCUUCGAGUGAAGAAAAGCGCCGAAACAGACGAAGAUCAGAAUGAAAAUCGAUUCUUCUUACCAGCGACGCAAAAGCCACCCCAUGGGACCUCUUCCCAGGAAGGUGAAAGAGUUGAUUCUGAAGAAGGAAUUUCAAUCACGCUUGUCGCUAUUUUGACGGCUACCAUCGUCGUAGCAAUGAUUUUCAUCGUCGUUCUUGUCAUGUGUUGUCGGAAACAACGCAAGAAUCUCGAAAAACAAUACGUGGACGAAUACCAGCCCCAGAGUUUAUUUCAACCGUACCCUGAGCAUACCAGUAUUUAUCAAGAGAUGCAGAGAUAUGCUCAAAAAAACCACAGCGGCAUAGCCGUUGAUGCAAAUGCGGGCUCAGAAAAUCCCCACAUAUAUGAGCAAGUUUCGUUUCCAAGUUCUCUGAACUCAUGUAAAACAAACGGCGAGUCGACGACAGCUCAGUCUGUUUCAAGCGAAAUGUAUUUAGCAAAUUCGAGAACGUCACUUCAGACUACGCUUUGUCAAGGAUGUCCACGAGAAACCUCGCUGGAUUGCAAAGGGAAGAAACGAACAUUCGCUACCUCGAAAGACUGGACGAUCACGGGCGUGAACUUUACCGUCGGGUCGCAUCCCCCGGGGUAA